UGACUAAGAAAUUGACUAUGCCAAGAUUGUUUUUGCAAAUUAAAAUACUUCCUUCUAAAAAGGUCCUUAGAAUGGCUCCCUUAUAUCAUCUCUAUACUGUUCCAGUUAAAAAAAAACUGUAUAUGCAUUGUGUAAUGUGCUAGACAAUAAUAUUUGUAUACCACGUGAGGAUGUACCUACUUGAAGGAGUAAAGUAGAAGGAAAUAUAUAAAUAAAGUCUGUGGAUAGAGGAACAGAACUCUGAGUAUACCAUAGGGUGGAUAAAUGGAAUAACCUGAAAACUAUUUCUUUACUUACAACACAUAAUCUAUAUUUUAUCCAUUUUCCUCAACAUCACAUUGGACAAUUCUACUAUAACGCAACUGAUGAAGGAUUGGAUUAAAUGGUUCGUAAAUUCCUGGACAUGACGAAAGAGGACUCUGAUUAUGAAGAUAAAGUACGUAAUUUCCUUGAAGAGACUGCACAGUACAAGAGGAAUCGUAAGAUGCAAGAACUAGGACAACAACCACAACCCACAGCUGAGCAUGAAAAGAAAAAGAAGAAAAAGAAAGAUAAGAAAAAGAAGAAAGAAUCGAAACGGAAACGCAAGGAGCAAGAAAGGGAGGAGAAGAGAAAACAAAAACUCUCCAGAAUGACAAAUAACUCCGAAUAUAGUAUUCGAGAUCUAGAUAACAUUGGUGAUAAGAAAUUAAGAGAUGCCAUCAGGAAGGAGCUGAAGGCCAAAAAGCGUGACUUAAGUUCUGAAGGCGAAUAUGAUAGAAAACAUAGUGAAAAGAGUCGCAUGAUAGAACAUGAAAUGCACGGCCUUGAAGAACUAGAAUCGAAACUGAAUGCAUAUCAUUCCAUGGUUGAAAAGGAAGUUUUGGGUAAACGUGACAGAAAUUCUAUAAGUCCUAUUGACCAAGAGCCACCACCACCCUUGGAAAAACCUAAGUGGAAGAUGACUAUGGGGGCAGUUAAAGAGCCUAGGGUGAAGAAAAAGGAGACCCCAGUGCCGAAGGGAUAUAAAGAUCGCUAUGCAUUCGAGGACAGUUCAGAUGACUCGCAUGAUCAUCCAAAGGCGUCUCCCGGCGACAAGCACGUGUCGGUCCGUCGCGCCAUGGCCAUGAAGGAGCCGCCGCCGCUGCCCGCCGGCCCGCCGCCCAAGAGCCGCGAGCCCGACCCGCCCGGCGUCGACCCGCCGCACGCGCCGCACGCACCGCACGCACCCCCUGUUCGGAAAGGAAAUAUUGUACUCGACAAGUUCGGUUCCUUCCGGUUAGCUAAGGAGGGAGAAACGCCAGUUUCAGUCGGCGAGACUCGACCCGAACAGUUUGUGACAAGAAUCAAACCUCCGUCACCCACCGCCAGGAGGCCCCGCUCGCCGCCGUCGCAUCGCCGACGGAGCGCCUCCAAUUCUUCUGACGACAGACAAUCUCAUAAAAGAUCUCGCAGCAGGUCGCGGCCCCGCAAGUACCGCUCCCGCUCGGGCUCCCGCUCCCGCUCGGGCUCCAGCGCCAGCGGCUCGCCCGCCUCCCGCCGCCGGCGCUCGGGCUCCCCGCGCUCCCGCUCCCGCUCGGACGCCAGCCGCUCGUACUACUCUCGCAGCCGCUCGCGGUCGCGCUCCGGCUCCAGGUUCCGUCGGUUCAACCGGCGCGGCAACUGGCGCGGGCGCGGCUUCGAGCGCGGCACGUACUACCGGCCCCGCUUCCAGUACAACGGCCAGCGCGGCCGCGGCCGCGGGGACUUCCGCCGCGACGACAACCGCCGCUUCCCCUACGAGUGGCGCGACAACCGCUCGCGGGGCGGCCGACCCUUCCGACCGCGCCGGGGGGGCGGCGGCCGGGGCAGACCCUUCAGGGGUGGUUUUCGUGAUUUCCGUGAUCGGCGUAUGGCCCGUUAUUCCCGUUCACGCAGUCCUGACAGAACGCGCAGAUCCAGGUCCUACAGCCCUGAGAGGAGAGAUAAGGAUAGAGACAGCUACUCUCGCUACUCUGAACGUGACAGUCACCGCAGUGAAGGCGAAUAUGAAGAAGAAAGAUACGUGGACAGGAAGGAGUAUGACGGGAAGUGGGCGGACGGCAACGAGCCUGAACGAAACCACACGGAGGAACAACCAGAAGAACCACCGCCGCCUAACAAAGAAUAAACCCUCACCAAUUGAUAUGUCCACAGCGAUAUAAGUUAGCCAUAGUUAGCUUUACUGACCACUUUAAUGUUUGUUGUAGGGUGCUUAUACUUUUCAGCACUUACGUUAUUAAAUAUAUUGUGUAAAUAUUAAUAUCAGGGUGACAAUGGUCAGGCACAUUAUAUUAAAAUAAAUUGUGAUUGGGUUGCCCAGGGUUGACUCUAGUAUGUACCUUACCUUCAUUCCAAAUCGAAUGAAAAAUGAUAGUCAUUUGAAGUGAAUACGUGUUAUUAAAAUAGAAAUGUCAAAUUA